UGACAGUGACAUCAGUUUAUUGUAUUUGUUUAUUUUGCUAACAAAAAAUUAGUGAUUGUAGAUUUGAUUUAAUAAAAUCCAAUUUUCUAAGGCAUUCAAUUGAAAUGGGACAAGGCAAGAGCCAAUUCACGGAGGAAGAACUUCAGGAUUAUGAGGAUCUCACGUAUUUUACAAAGAAAGAAGUCAUGUAUGCACAUCAAAAAUUUAAGGCGUUGGCACCGGAAAAAGUAGGGCAUAACAAAAACGCAAAACUACCCAUGACAAAAAUCCUACAGUAUCCAGAACUACGCGUGAAUCCCUUUAGGGAUAGAAUCUGCAAGGUGUUUAGUUCCAGCAAUGAUGGAGAUUGCACUUUUGAAGAUUUUCUCGACAUGAUGUCAGUGUUUAGUGAAAAUGCCCCUAAAGCUGUUAAAGCAGAACAUGCUUUCAGGAUAUUUGAUUUUGAUGGAGAUGACAUGAUCGGUGUAUCUGACUUACGGGAAGUUAUAGAACGGUUAUGUGGCCCAGAGCUCAAAUUGAGCGACUCAGAAAUACAGCAACUAGUCCAAAACGUUCUAGAAGAAGCAGAUCUGGAUGACGAUGGAGCGCUGUCAUUUGCUGAAUUUGAGCAUAUUAUUGACAAGAGCUCAGAUUUUUGCCACUCCUUCCGCAUAAGACUAUAAUGGUAACAACUACAUGGUGUUUUUUGAAGAAGAAGAUAUAUCAUUCCCAUAAUCUAAUUGGGAUUUAGAGUGAAAGUUCAGUAAAAUAUGUGUUCAAUACAUAUAUUAAUCAUCACAAACUUUAUUAUUGUUAAUUUAUAAUACUUUUUUGGAUAAAUGUUUGUGUGUCUGACUACAGUACAGUGAAUCAAAUUUGGAUGAUCAUAUAGAUUUUAAGUUACCAUACUUUUUAUCCUCUAAUUAAUAAGGUAAUUAUUAUAAAUUAAAAAUUUCUCAACUAUUCUGAAAUUAAUUAUUAUCAUUUAAAUUUUUAUUGUAUUUGUGUAAGAAAACACUUUAUUUAAAUUAAUUUUUUGUUGUAUUUGUCUUCCUUUAUGUAGUCCAAAUAUUUACAAUGUUUUUAUUGUGUUGUUAUAAUGAUUUAAAAAAAAUUGACUGCCAAAUUAGUAGAUUAAGGUUUUUAUAAGUAGUGUAAUUUGAAUAUAAAUAUUAAAAAAAUUUGAAGCAAUAA